AUACCAAAACCAGAAUCAGAGAAAAUUAGUUUUAUAUCUUGCAAAACUCUUAGAAGUUGCAUCUAUGGCAAGAUUAAGAUAUCAACUGGUUCUGUUACUAAUCAUUGUCUGUCUCACGACUUAUGAGCUUCACGUUCAUGCUGCUGAUGGCGUAAAGGUUGGUGAGGGCGUAGUGAAAAUCGACUGCGAUGGGAGAUGCAAAGGUAGAUGCAGCAAAUCGUCGAGAACGAAACUGUGCUUGAGAGCAUGCAACAGCUGUUGUUCCCGCUGCAACUGUGUGCCACCUGGUACUGCCGGAAACCACCAUCUUUGUCCUUGCUACGCCUCUAUUACCACUCGCGGUGGCCGUCUUAAAUGCCCUUAAAUUCUAUUUUUACCUCCAUCUCCAUAUAUAUAUAUAUAUAUAUAUAGAAUGUGUUAUGUUUUGGAAGACAAACGUAUGUGUACGAGUAGCUAUAAACUAAUGAGAAGUUAAUGGUUGUUGAACUGG